AUGCGCAGGGGAAGAAGAACAAAAAGUCGCAAUAAAAAAAAUGAUAGAAAAGUUAAACCAAAAUAUGCAAGAUAUGCAAGAUCUUAUAAAUCACUAUCACUCUCACCCACCUUAUCGUCACCUUCGUUAACACCAUCAGACUCCGUUUCUCGAAAAUAUUCUUCUUGUAAAAUUUGUUACCCAAAAUCUCCCAUGUUAAAACCACCCAAGACGCCAUUCAUAAGUUUCUUCAGGGAAUACAAAAAGGAACAUGCAAAUUUAUCAAUUGUUAAGAUAGCGUCAAAUGUAACGAAAAUAUGGAACAACAUGUCAACCAGCCAAAAGAUGAAAUACAUAAUAAAACCUGAUAAAGAGCGUGUUAAUCAUAGUGGAAAAGUUGAAAAACUUAGUUCAAUUUCUAGAAUAUCAGUUUCCCCUGACCGAUCAUCUAUAAAGACUGUAUUUAGACAUGGCGAUAGAACUCCAGAUUCUUUAUACCCAAAAGAUCCAUACACCGAAGACGAUUUCUAUCCAUUUAGAAUUGGCCAUUUAACAAAUAAAGGAAAAUUAAGAGCGUUUAACAUUGGAAGAAAUCUCCGUAAAAAAUAUAACAAACUUCUUGGAGAUGUUUACACGCCGGAUGUUUUAUAUGCAGUUUCUUCGCAUUAUCCAAGAUGUAGAGCAAGUUUAGAAUCGGUUUUAGCAGGUUUAUAUCCACCAUCCGAAGAAUUAAUUUGGAAUAAAGAUUUACUGUGGGAACCAAUUCCUUACGAUUAUUUACCACUGAAAGAAAACAAUUUAUUCGCCCCAAUGUCAAUUUGCCCAAAUAUGAAUAUAUUAAUGAAUGAGAGUUACAAAAAUCUCGAUUCUGAUCCGAUUAUUGAAAAAUAUAAUCAUUUACUUCCGUUUUUACAAGAAAAUACGGGUUUAACUGGAAAUCUUUUAAGUGUGGCUGGAAAUUUAUACUCAACUUUAAAAUCAGAAGAAGAAGCUGAUAUGGAAAUACCAACCUGGGCUAAAUCGGUUUACCCUGACAUUUUAUCAGAAAUAUCGAAAUAUAUCUGGAAAUAUUAUACAGGAAUAGGCGAUUUAAAGACCUUAGGACACGACCUUAACGUUGCUGCAAUGUUAUAUUACUUAGAAAAGUUUGUUCCCCACAGUCCCAAUUACGGAGCUCAUAUUAUCAUUGAAGUUCAAAAAUAUCUUGGAAUUUAUUUCUUAAAGUUUCUACAUGAAAACAAUGAUGAUAAUUUGGAACCUCAACCUCUUUUCAUUGAAAAUUGUGGAAUCUACUGCCCAUUAGAAGUUUUCGUACGGUUGUAUGCAAAACAAUUAGAUCCAGCUAAUUUAAAUGCUUUGUGUAAUGGCUAA